AUGACUAUCCUCACAUCCCUCCUCCAGUUGACAAACUACAAGAACCCCUUCCUGAGGACGCUCGUGCCUUCAAUUGGCCUCGCAUAUGGCCUGCAAGCCGCCGUAGCAGUGCCCUCCAUAAUUGCCCAAUCCGAACGCUUCUACGACCUCUCCGGCUCACUGACCUACCUCUCCUGUGCCGCCCUGAGUCUCUAUCUACCCGCCAUCCGAGCCAGAUCAGCGGCCAAGUUGACUGGCGCUCCUCUACCAGCAUGGCCAAGUCUCGCAGAUGCACUGCAGGGGAAAGGCGGAGCGCUGGGGUUCAAUUGGCGACAGGUAGUUCUUAGCGCUGCUGUGAGCGUUUGGGCGUCUAGACUUGGAACAUAUCUCUUUCAGCGUAUCAUGGCAGAUGGCGAAGACUCACGCUUCAAGAACAUCCGCAACUCUCCACCCAAGUUCCUUGUCGCCUUCGCCGCUCAAGCUACUUGGGUAUCUCUAUGCCUCCUUCCGGUCUUGGCCAUCAACGCUCUUCCAGCCGCUACCUUCGCGGCUUUGCCAGCGGCUGUCUCCAUUACCGACAUCAUAGGCAUCUUGCUUUAUGUUGGCGGCCUGUCCUUUGAAGUCACUGCCGACAGGCAGAAGAACCAGUGGGUGCAGGAGAAGAAGCAGAAGAAGCACGACGAGGACUUCUUGACCAGGGGACUGUGGAGCAAGAGCCGCCAUCCGAACUAUUUCGGCGAGUCAACCUUGUGGACUGGUAUUGCGACAUUGAGUGCGGGUGUAUUAGCCAGCAAUGCCGGCGUGGCAGGUAUGGGCUUGGCUGGUGGAUUGACCGGCAAGAUAAUUGCACUGCUAAGUGCAGGCGUAAGCCCGGCAUUUGUGACAUUCUUGCUGUUGAAGGUGAGCGGCGUGCCAUUGAGCGAGAACAAAUACGACAAGAGAUAUGGCGACCGGAAGGACUAUCAGAAGUGGAAGCAGGAGACACCGAAGUUCAUCCCGAAGCUCUGA